UGUAUAUAUAUUUUAGCUAUCGGUUCGAAUGGAUUGUUAGCCGUUUGAGCUCUCGUCGGAGCUGUACGGUUAUCUUUUCAAACCGGCAAGAUCAUCUACCUCUAAUAACACUCUAAAACAUUAGGAAUAAUAUUAUACUGGACAUCUUUUAUUAUUUAUAUUCUUUGGGAACUGGCAUCAACGUUUUAUUUUUCUUGUGAUUGAUUGACCAUUUAAAAGACGAUUUUUGGACUUGGACAUUUUGCUUUAAAUACCCAACAUGAAUUUAAUGUGCUGUGAAACGGAAUCGCAAAGAAGAGCAUAUGAAGAUCCCGUGCUUCUAAAAGACUACAGAGUCCUGCAUAAUUUACUGCAAACGGAGGAGAGAUAUAUGCCAUCACCAACUUAUUUUUCUUGUGUUCAAACUGACAUUAAACCUUAUAUGAGGAAAAUGGUGGCACAAUGGAUGCUUGAGGUGUGUGAAGAACAGCAGUGUGAAGAGGAUGUGUUUCCUUUGGCUAUGAAUUACAUGGACAGAUUUUUAUCAGUUGUGGACAUUCCCAGAACUAGACUUCAGCUUCUAGGUGCAGUGUGCAUGUUUCUGGCAUCUAAAUUAAAGGAAACCACACCUUUAACUUCAGAAAAACUUGUCAUUUAUACAGACAGAUCAAUUUCAUUGGAAGAACUGACGGAAAUGGAAUUGUUAGUUCUGAGCAAAUUAAAAUGGGAUUUAUCUGCAGUGACACCCCAUGACUUUUUAGAACAAAUUUUGUCUCGGAUUUGCCCCGACCAGGAGCGAUGCAAUGUGAUUAAGAAACACUCACAGACAUUUAUAGCCCUCUGUUCAACAGACUGCAAGUUCAUUAACUACCCGCCUUCCAUGAUAGCAGCAGGCAGCGUAGGAGCAGCAGCCCAUGGUCUUCUAAAGACAGACAACACAAAACUUCUCCAGAGUCUACAUCAUAUCCUCAGUAUUGAUGUGGAUUGUUUAAAGUCAUGUCAAGACCAGAUAGAGCAGACUUUGUCAUCAAAUUUGUCGCACAUGGCACAGUUUUCGGAAGCCACGGCACCACCCAAAGUGGAGGUCCACAGCACCCACCGUGUUCAGCAUGAGGGGCAGCCCACCACCCCAACAGAUGUUCAAGAUAUCGUCUUCUAAACCCCCACACAACCUCCCGUUAGCUCAGCCCCUCCCCCCAUCCUGAUACCCUGAUGAGUGGUGCCAAGUAUUUCUGUUGUAUGGCUACUGUCGUUUUUGGUGUUGGUAUGGGGCGGUGAUGCAGAUAAAUGGUUGCUCAAGUCAUUCACAAUUUGAAAUUAUCUUUUUAAAAAAAAUCUUGUUUUUUUUUUUUUUUUAAGAAAUAGUGAAAUAUAGGAUUGGUCCUUCAAAAACCUUCUUUAGAAUCUCUGGACCAAGGGAAAAAAAAUUAAAAACUGUACACUAGUAGACAAAUUCAAUGGUAGAUAUAUUCUUUUCCCAUUUAAUUUCUGCAUUUACACAAUGUACAAUGUGAAGGUGUUUUCAUAUAGUUAAAAAAAAAAUUAAUUAUAAAAAAAAAAAUCAAAAAUUCCAUUUUACAAAAAAAAAAAAACAAUCUUGUAUACAAUAUAUGAUGUUUUUAAAAAGAUAAAUUUCAUUGUGUGACUGACUUUGCAUCCAGUCAAAAAAAAUUACUUUAACAUAUUCCUUACUGCCAACGAAGUUAUUUAGUUGCAUUUAUCAAGGUUUAUUAUUACAUUUCUUUUUAUUCUGCACCCUUUGCCAUACCAGACCUUCAUAUCUCAAAAUAGUUCGGCCAUUAUUAUUAUUUUUUUUGCGUGACCCUAUAACCAAGGUGUGGUUAGGUGGACCUGUAUAAAAAAUCACUGCCUAUAGAACAAUAUUUCUGAUAAACUGUGCCAGAAAUAAACACCAGUAGUACAUGUGUUCAUAAUUUAAGAAACAAAUAUGUGAUAUAUAUAAUUUUUAUUAUUUUUUUUUGCUGGUGUUUAUCCUAUUGUAUGCUCUGAUGUGUUUCAAAGGGCCAUGGUUUGUUAAUUUUGUACGAGUUGUUGUCUGUUUGAAAUGUUUCACGACUUUUCUCUGUUAUAUGUGGUACUGCCUGUUUUUACCUUGUACAUAUUUUUUUUUCAAGUUUCAUUGUUCCAUAUUCUUGUUUCACUUUCAACUUUCAUUUUCUCCAUUUUUUUUUUUUAUCUUUUGAAAGAGUAAAAAAAUCUUCAAUCAUUAUAUAUUUUUAACUCUUUAAGAAGUUAUCCAUCUGCAAAGUGUAUUCAUAUAACGGUGCUUAUGAUACAAAAAAAAUCUAUAGAUUAUGCAUGAAAUUAAAAAAAUUCAUUGUAGCAUGGCAAUCAUGAAUUCAUUUAAUCACGGUUUUGUCACAAAACAUGUAUGUUAUGCAAUGUUUGUUAGAACAAAAAAAAUUAGUGCUAUAUUUUAUACAGCAGUACCCCACUGUGUGUGUAAAUUUUAUAUGUAAAUAUAUAUUUAUAUAUUUGAUACAAAAAACAUCACAAACUAUUUUUGACAGAAAAAAAGUUUUUAAAAUUGUUAAAAUUGUGUUCAUAAGGAUCAAAGUAUCACAUCCAAGUUUCUUGAUUGUCUGAAAGGGACCAAAAAUUCUUAAAACAUUUCCAUUCUCCUUCUUUUUUUUUUUUAACCAAGCAAAUUCUCAUUACCAUGAAAAACCAUAAAUGAUGUGUUCAAAAUUAUUUAUAAUUUUCAACAAAGUUGAAAAUAUUUGCAUUUUUUGAUAUUUUUCAGUUAAUUUAUUUAUUAAGUUGUAAAAAAAAAAGUUGUCUCAGAUAGUUGUAUAUUGCCUUCCAAGUAAGAGAGUACCAUCUGUUCCAUUUGUAUUGGAUCACAGAUGUGAUAAGGUUUUCGAUCAAGAAAAGUGAGUUUUUUCACUUUCAAGACCAUAGCCUCGUUUUGAAAGAUCAUGUGACCUCAUUCUGAGAGAAGUCACAUGCUAAGACAAGAAGUUGUAAGAGGUGAAGCUACAUGUAUUAUACAUGGUUACAUGUUUUUUGUCGAGUAAGCGUACACAAAACUUUUUUCGAGCUUACUCCGAUAUGUGUUUAUGUAACAAAAAUCCAUUACUAUUUAAGCCUUUUUUUCGAGUAAUAGAGUUUAUUCAUGUGUAUCUAAUAAUAUAUUCUGUAUCCGAGGCCUUGUCCUGCCCUUCUGUGAUUUUCCAGUUAACACUGUGUAUUGCUUGACGCUGGAAACAAAGAAAAUUGUGUCUCAAAAACCAAGGGUAGGACUAAUGGUGGCAGUAUUGUCUUUUUUCCCUUUUUUUUUUACCUUUAGUAAAGAUAAUGAAAGUAAUUAAUUUUUUUUUAUCUGUGUCUUUCAAGUUUAAAGAAUUUCAUUUUUAUCUGUGAUAUAUUGUCUGAAUACCAAUGAUGAAAUGAUAGUCGUAUGAAAGUUUGAAAAUAUGAGCAUUAUGAAUGAUAGACUACAUAAAAAUUGCGGGUACUGUAUAUUUAGUUUCAAUGCAAUAUGCAUAUGAUGAGUAAAAAUGGCGACCAAAAUUAACGUACAUUUGGUUUUAUCCUCGCAAAAAGAAUGUGAUAACUUUUUUUUUAUUUUACCCGUAAUGCUGCAAUUUUAGAGGAUAUUACUUGUGUACGAUAGGUUAUGGUCUCUUAUUUCGUAUCUUUGGUCGCAGUUCAAAGGGGUGUAAAGGUCAGAUGUAAAGGUCAGAAGAAAUCUUGUAGAAAACUUAUGCGAAGAAAUGUUUUUACUUUGUAUAGGAAAGCAACAAAAGUAGUAGUAUGUAAAUUUGGAAAGUUACUAAUGCAUGUAAACCAUACUGAACUGUACUUUUAUACUGUUCGACCAAAUCUUACACGAUGACUGUGUAAAUCAAUUGAAGGCAAUAUUUAAUAAAAUGAAUUAAAUUGAAA